UGAGCAUGUAUUUGUGGACAGAGUGAGCUAACGCUGCUUUACAGAUUGUGUGUUGACUUUGUUUCGGAACGCGACAACCAGGAUGGUCUUGACGAGUGUGAUUGUGUGCCUGUGUGGAUUGUUCAUUCUGCCUGGAGAAUGCCACCCCGAGAGCAACAUCCUUGUGGUCCCUGUGGAUGGCAGCCACUGGGUCAACAUGGCGGUGAUCCUGAAAGAGCUUCACUCCCGGGGUCACAACUUGACAGUCAUACGCUCGCCCAAAAGCUAUUAUAUCCCAGAGAAGUCCCCCAUCUAUACAUCCAUCUCAAUGAAGUCUCUGGAGGAUGAGUUUGACCUGAGCUUCUAUGACAGAAUGCUACGGUGCCACCUAGAGUAUCGGAGGUCCAAUCGUCUUCUACGCACCAUUUACAUCCAGGCAGACAUGGCCAGAAUGAUGAUUAAUGGGCACGAUGUUCUCACUAGAGCCGUCAAACUCAUGUUUGAGGACCAGGUCUUCAUGUCGAUGAUGAGGAACACUAAAUUUGACCUGGUGCUAACCGACCCUGGUCUGCCCACGGGGGUCUUUCUCGCCCACCACCUCCAGCUUCCCAUGGUCUUCAACGUGCGCUGGAUCAACAUGGGAGACAGCCACUUUACCUUCGCCCCCUCCCCGCUGUCCUACGUCCCCGUCACAGGCUCUGAGCUAGGUGACAAAAUGGACUUCUUUGAGCGGACCCUGAACAUGCUGGUGCACAUCAGCCAGUCCUUACAGUAUUAUUUCAUCAUGGAGCCGAAUUACCGCGAACUGCUGGAUCGUUACUUCCCACCUGGAACAGACCUGUUGUCCAUGGAGCUCACAGCAGACCUGUGGCUUGUCAGGGCGGACUUUGUCUUCGAGUUCCCUCGACCCACCAUGCCCAACGUGGUUUACAUCGGAGGGUUCCAGUGCCGCCCAGCCAAGGCUUUACCUGAAGAUCUGGAGGCCUUCAUGCAGAGCUCAGGGGAGCAUGGGGUUGUGAUCAUGUCUCUGGGGACUCUCAUUGCAGCUCUCCCCAAAGACGUGACAGAGGCGAUCGCGGCAGCUUUUGCCGAGCUCCCCCAAAAGGUUGUCUGGAGGUACAUAGGAGAGCGGCCGUCAACCUUGGGCAACAACACCCUGCUGGUGGACUGGUUCCCCCAGAACGACCUCUUGGGUCACCCCAAAACACGCGCCUUCGUGGCCCACGGUGGAACCAACGGCAUGUACGAGGCCAUCUACCACGGCGUCCCUGUCUUGGGGCUGCCUCUGCUCUUCGACCAGUUCGACAACGUCCUUCGCCUCCAGGUGCGAGGGGCCGCUAAAACCUUAGAGACCACAACACUGACCUCAGCUGAAUUUAAGGAGGCCUUGCAGGACGUCCUGGAGGACCCUUUGUACAGGGAGGCGAUGGAGAGACUCUCUCGCCUGCAUAGGGACCGCCCGAUUGAGCCUCUUGAUAGAGCCACCUUCUGGAUCGAAUAUGUCUUGAGGAACAAGGGAGCAGCGCAUUUGCGCUCUGAGGGUUAUCGCCUUCCCUGGUACGUCUACCAUAGCGUGGAUGUAGCCCUGUUGCUUCUGACUGUACUCUUUCUCAGUGUGUGGAUGUUUUUCACUGUCUGCAGAUUAAUGCUGCGCAUGGUUUGCAAGAGAAAGACCAAGGUUGAGUGACAAACAAGAGCACUGAAAUGAAGUGUAAAUUAACAUUGUUAUUGCUAAUUAUCUGACACAAGAUGUGAAAACUUCUUUUUCAUUGCAUCAGUAUUAUCUGUGCAUGGGCCACAUUCUCAGUGUUUCAUUAAAUUAAUUUAAUUUUUUGACCAAAA